CGUCCCCAGUGCUUCCCCGGUCCCGCAGCGCAUGGAUUCCCCGCCGUGCCCGCAGCUCCCGGCACCGCCUCCCCCGGCCCCGCGCCGUCCGCCGCCCGGGUCCCCGCCAGGCCCCGACACAGGCGAGGUCCUGCAGCAGAUCAUGGCCAUCACCGAUCAGAGCCUGGAGGAGGCGCAGGCCAGAAAGCACGCUCUGAAUUGCCAUCGGAUGAAACCCGCUCUCUUCAGUGUGCUCUGUGAGAUCAAGGAAAAGACAGUGUCAAGCAUCCGUGGCAUUCAAGAAGAAUGUCCCCCCAGUGCUCAGCUCACGCGCCUGGACAACAUGCUGCUGGCCGAGGGCGUCUCCAGGCCCGAGAGGCGAGGAAGAGGAGGACCGGCAGCAGCGGCCAACCCGGCAACACCAGGUGGCUGUUCAAAUGACAAUAGCCUUGAGCACUCUGACUACAGGGCCAAGCUGUCCCACAUCCGACAGAUUUACCACUCUGAGCUAGAGAAAUAUGAACAGGCCUGCCAUGAGUUCACCACGCACGUCACCAACCUUCUCCGGGAGCAGAGCAGGAUGAGGCCCAUCUCACCGAAGGAGAUCGAGCACAUGGUCAAUGUCAUCCACGGCAAGUUCAGUGCCAUCCAGAUGCAGCUGAAGCAGAGCACCUGUGAGGCCGUGAUGACCCUGCGUUCACGGUUCCUUGAUGCCAGGCGUAAGCGGCGGAAUUUCAGCAAGCAGGCCACGGAAGUGCUGAAUGAGUAUUUUUAUUCCCAUUUGAGCAACCCUUAUCCCAGUGAAGAAGCCAAAGAAGAGCUGGCCAGGAAGGGCGGCAUCACGGUCUCCCAGGUCUCCAACUGGUUUGGCAACAAAAGAAUCCGGUAUAAAAAGAAUGUGGGGAAGUUUCAAGAAGAGGCUACCAUUUACACGACUAAAAUGGCAGUCGGGGGCCAGGGAAGCCAGGCUAGCGGCCCAUCGACACCCAGCUCCGGUUCCUCUGGUCCCUUUCCGAUGACCAGUGCCGGAGCUGCAGUUGUCACCCUGCAGACACUGGCCUCUCUCCGCCCUGCCCCUCCAGGAGGCAGCUUACGGUCCCAGGCCAGGGGCAGCCGGCAGGGAGCUGUCCCCCCCGCAAUGACUGCUUCACCCUCCGGGGACCCCAGCAGCAUCCACUCAGAUGCAUCUAAUUAAGUGUGGGGGACAAGCGGGACAGUGGACUGCGUGGCCCGCCGCAGUUGCUGGCACCCGACCUUAUCCUGCACGUGCAGCCGAUUAUACCUCAGAAAACCCACAAGGGACGGCGGAUGCCAUGCGCCAUCCGUUGCUUGCUGGCUGGGAUUCGAAAUGGGCUGAGAUACUGCUUAUUUUCUCGAUUCAGUUUGGUUUUCUUAAUAGUGAUUUUAUGAUAAGACUGUGCAUUGUUUCUUCUAGGACUUGUCACAAAUUCUCCUAUUAAAAUUUUUGCCUUCUUUUCACGUU